AUGAAGAUAAUCAUUUUACUGAUUCUCAUUCAUGUCUGCUAUAGUAAUGUUAAAACUACAACUAGACGUUAUCAAUCAAAGACAAUUGAGGAAUCAAUCAAUACAGUUAUUGAAGACUUACGAACUCAUUCAGUUAUGCUGUAUAGCAAAACAUAUUGUCCCUAUAGUAUUAAAUUGAGAAGAAUAUUAUCAAAAUUUGAGAUCAAAGACUUAAAAGUAGUUGAAUUGGAUAAAGUAGAGAAUAUGUCUGAGAUACAGCGCUUUUUGAAAACAUUAUCAGGACGAUCAACUGUUCCGCAGCUCUAUAUUGUUGGUAAAUUUAUCGGAGGUCAUGAUGAAAUCAAGGCCAUGGACGAUGAUGGAAAAUUGUUACCAAUGCUGGAAGGUGGGAACAAUUGA